UGUACAUGCAAAACAGCUGUAAUGAGACGUCAUGCGGGCUGCGGCUGCAGUCUGUGAGCUCAGUAGGCUUGGCGAAGUCAUCGCAGCGGCUUUGUGCAAUCCCGAACGCGAUCAACCGACAAAUUCCAGUGCGAACCAGCGCAAGUAAAGGCUGCGGCGGAUGCUGCCGCGGCAGUUGUAGUUGUUGUUAUUGUGUGGAGUGAAGUGGAGUGCGGGAUUACGCUUGAUGAGAUGGAGAUCACUGCGAAUGUGGUGCAUGUGCCUGUGGGCGGCAACCUUAAUACCAGCUGCAUAUCCACAUCGUCGCGUGCCAGCACCUACCUCAGGCUCGAGACUAGCGCGGAGCCCAACGAGCAUACACCGCUGCUGGCCGCCCGCGGCACUUCAUCCCCCGAUUCAGCCCGGACAAGUGCGACGACGGCUGUUGGCACAGCGAUCUACACAAAAGAAUGCUUUAAUUGGCGCAUCAUUGGACUGCUCUCGAUGUUCAUCAGCGCCAUGGUGCUGGCCACAUAUUUGCUCUGGCGACAAACAUCAGCUCCGUCGGAUAAUGGCUACAAGCUGCAUCUCGUCCGACAUGAUAUUUGGAGUGGGGCCCAUUUGCAUGGUCAGGCGCUGCUGGAUGCGGGCAAAGUUGUAAACGUUUUCAUCACACACACGGCCAGCGAGGAGUGCAGCGAGAACUGUGCGAAUCUGCUGCAGAGCUUGCAGCGCAAACAUUUGGGGGAGCUUCCGUUUAACUUUCUCAUGGCUGGCGACUGUGAGACAUACGAGGCGCGCGGCUGGCAAUACGCGAGCAGCUUCGAGUCGCUGCCCCAGGCCAGCUCCUUGGUGUUGGCCUUUGUGGGCGAUUAUAGCCAGUGGCUGCCGAGUCUGUGCCAGCUGCAGAUGGCCAAAGCGCUGCUCUGGGAGUCGCAGCGGCGCCUCAAAUUGCAGCCGAGCUAUCAGCUGUAUGCGCUGCGCAAUGUGAGUCGCAGUGAAGGGGAUGCGGAUGCACUGCGGCAUCAGCUGCAGCUCUGGCCGCUCUAUGCCGGCCAGCGGCUGGUGAAUUUACAAAAGAAGCGCAGGAUUAAUAAAGCGGGGUGCCACCGAAAAGCGAAGCGAGUGCCCGCUCCCAGCCCAGCGGAACAGUUGCUGCCAGCCGGGUAGAUGAGCCAACAAAGCGUAGCGCUGCGUGUGCCAUUACAAAUUAA